AUGACGCCGCCGCCACCGCCGCCACCAAUAACAGCACUCACUGCCACCGCCAGCAAACAACAAGCAAUAGCCAGCGCUCGCCUGCACCAGCCAACACAGCAAGCAACACGCUCACUGCCCACCAGCAAACGGCAACUCGCCACCGCCACCACCAGCAACCAGCAACGCUCCGCCUGCACCAGCAAGCAACCAACGCUCACUGCCGCCGCCACCAGCAACCGGCAACAACGCUCACUACCACCAAGCGACAGCAACCCCACCGCCUGCCACCGCCAACCAAUAACUGCUGCUGCCACCGCCAGCAACAACAGCAACCAACCCACUCGCCACCGCCAGCAAACGCUCACUGCCACCAGCAACAACAACAACAUCACUACCACCAGCAGCAAGCUACGCUCGCAGCCGCCAGCAAACAACGCCGCUCGCUGCCACCGACGGCAAACCAACCAACAACGACAAGCACUCACCGCCGCCAGCAAGCAACCACAGCAAGCAACCGGCACUCACUUACCGCCAACAGCAACCAAACCGACGCUCACUGCCACCACACCAACGCAACAGCAACCAGUCGCAGCAGCACGCUCCUGCCACCCGCCAGCAACAACAAGCAACAGCAACAGGCAGCAACCAACAAGCAACCUCACUGCCACCACCAGCCAACCAACAAACCAGCGCUCACCGCCAACCAACAGCGACAACUGCUCAGCAACCACCAGCAACAACCUCCGCCACCGCACCGCCGACAGCAGCAAUAACCAGCAACCAGCAACAAGCACUCCUGCCACCAGCAAGCAAGCACUCCGCACUGCCACCAGCAACCAACGCCAGCAAGCAACGAGCACUCCUACCGCAACACAACAACAACGCUCACCACCGCCCCACAACCAACCAGCAACGCUCACUGCCACCAACAGCAACCAGCAAGCGCUCACUGCCACCACCAGCAACAAAGCAACGCUCUCCACCACCGCCCAGCAACAGCACUCUCACUGCCGCCACCAACAACCAACAACCAACAGCAAUCGCAGCCAAGCAACCUCACUACCACCAGCAACCAAGCAACCAGCACUCACUACCAACAGCAACAGCAACCAGCACUCACUACCAAACAACCAGCACUCACUGCCACCGCCAACAACAACAGCAACAACAAUAACCGCUCCACUACGCAGCAGCAGCAAACGCCACCACCGCACCAGCAACCAGCAUCCCACCGCCAGCAAGCAACACCAGCAACCCAACCAGCGCCUACACUACCAGCAGCAACAGCACUCCACGCCUGCACCAGCAAGCAGCAACCAGCAGUCACCGCCGCACCACCAGCAACAGCAGCAACAACACUCACUACCACUAGCCUGA